AGAGCGUCAAUAGAGCCGCUCCGCCCCGCAGCACGGCAGCAGUCGGUGCCAGCUUGGACCACCAGCGCUAGCGCGCUGUGACGGCGACAUGCCCUCCGCCGCAGCACACAGUUGCAGCGGCGUGGGGUCGACGUCACGCAUCGGCGCCAUGGGCUGGUAUCAGACGCGGCGGGCAGUCACCCGGCCAUCGCAGCUGCGCACACGUCUUUCUCUGCCGCUGGCAUCCACCUCCAGCUUCCAGGACCGUCCGCCUGCAGGCGCACACAGGAAGGCACCACAAGGGCUUCGCCGCUCAGGCAUCGCUGGACGCAGUCCCGGCGCCAUGCCUGCGCUGAACCGCAUUCUCGCGGGCCUGCUGUGCCUUUCGCUCUGGCGCAAGGGCCCGCUCUGCUGCGCUGCGUCGUGCAGCUGCUGCAACGACGUCGAGAGCGCCGAGGCCGCCCGGGCGCAGCGCGACGUGGCACGCCUCGAGGCACGCCGGGCCAAGACCGAGCGGCGCACCCAGCACGACCGCCAGCGCCACGAGCGCAAGACGAGCAAGCUCGAGCGCAAGCGUGCGAAGGCCGAGAAGCGGCACUCGCGGCGCGCAGCUCGCUCUCGGCGCCGGCACGGCAACGUGCCAGACGCAGACGCUGCUGCGCACAGCCAAGCUCGUGCCGCAGCGCCGUCGAGCGAGCCAGCUCUGCCGAGCUAUGGCGAGGCAACAGACACAGGCGGGCGUACAUAGGCGUCGCUGAUCUUGCUCCCAGGGCACGCAGACGAGGUUGCUGUGCGCAACGUGCACCGCGCCCGCGUGGCCUCACCCGCCUCUCUGUCUCCUAGACCCAGCGCCCUUGCCGCGUGCGUGCACGCUUGAUAUUCUCGCCGUCGCUUUGGCGAGUACCGUGUCGUGAUUUUGCAGACUAUACCAAGCAUCAGCCUGCGCA